AUGGAAGCGCUUGCUCAGCUUCGUGAGCACUUCAAGCCACGAGGCUCCAGACUCGAGCAGAAGCUUGUCUUGAAACUCGACUUCUUUAUCCUGACGUUCUGCUGUCUUGCCUACUUUACGAACUACCUCGAUCGAGCCAGCAUCAGCCAGGCUUAUGUAUCCGGCAUGCGAGAUGAUUUGGGCUUCGAGGGAGCGCAACUCACCCUAGUCACGACACUGUACGCCGUGGGAUACCUGAUUGGAAUCGUCCCCAACAACCUGAUGCUCACGUACUUCAAACCGCGUCGCUUCUUCCCCACCAUGAUCACCAUCUGGGCGGGACUCACAAUGGUCAACGCCGCCGCCCGCAGCCCGAAGGACCUGAUGGCGAUCCGCUUCUUCCAAGGCUACUUCGAGUCCUGCAUCUUCGCAGGGACGCAGUACAUCCUGGGAUCGUGGUAUACCAAACGAGAGCUCGGUCAGCGGACCGGCAUCUUCACCGCCAGCGGUCUCGCCGGCGGCAUGUUCGGCGGAUUCCUCCAAGCCGGCAUCUACAAGUCCAUGGAUGGCCUUCACGGGCUCCCAGGAUGGAGAUGGCUAUUCAUCAUCUCCGGCCUGAUCACCCUCCCCGUAGCCGCAUACGGCUUCUUCUUCUUCCCCGACACCCCGCACACCACCACGGCCUUCUACCUGACCGAGGAGCAGAAGCGGCUAGCUCGCGAGCGCGUCCCCCCCGGCGUAGACUCCGAGCCCAUCCUGAGCCUGGCCUUUCUCAGGCGCCUGGGAGGGUCCUGGUUCCUCUACGCCUUCUGCUUCCUCUGGAUCCUGGGAAACUGCUCCGAGUCCCUGGGCAACCAGUCCCUGCUGAACCUGUACAUGCAGGGCCACCCGGAGCGCGGCUACUCCGUCGUCCAGAUGAACAACUGGCCCACGGGCGUGCAGGCCGUCGGCGUCGUCAGCACGCUCGUCUGGGCCGUCGCCACCGACGUCUGGGGCGGCAGGUGGAUCUCCGGGUACUACGUGGCCGCCACCUGCAUCGGCGCUGCCGUCAUGGUCCUCGUGCCCUCGGCCCCGGCCGCCAAGUUCGCCGCCUACUACUGGUCCGGCUCCGUCUACUGCAUCCAGUGCACCUUCUUCGCCUGGGCAAACGAGUCCAUGCGCUCCCAGCCCCCCGCUCUCAGGUCCUGCGUCAUCGCCUGCAUGAACGCUGCCGGCAACUGCUUCCAGGCCUGGUGGCCUCUCAUCUUCUACCGCGCCGACGACGCUCCAGAGUUCAGGAGGGGAAUGUAUGCCCUGAUUGCCAUCGGCGCAACAAUGGCAGUCUGGACAACGGCGCUUGUCUGGAACGACCGGCGCAUGCAGAAGGAGACGGGGAUCAUUGACGCCGUCGCUGAUGAUCAUGACGCCCGCGAAGGCCACGGUACCGACAGCAUCUCCAAGGUCGACGAUCCCAGCAAGGUCUGA